AAAAGACAUUUAAGCCCCAGGCUAAGGGAACUGCCCUUUUCACAGAAUAGCCUCACUUUUUCAAGAGCAGGGAAAUUCAACAUGCAUUAAAAAUAUUGUUGAGCUGCCCAGACAGCACAGCCAGAGGCCCUCCGGGCCCUGUGUGGCAUCCAGACGGCCCUGCCCUUUCUAGACAACCCCCUCCUCAGGGCUCAGGGCCCUGUCUGGCUGCUGAGCUCCCAGGAGGUCUGAGGGGUGUGACUUCCCUCCCUGCCCCCUCCCACUACCCCAGACCAGCCUAGGGCCUGCUAUAAAGCUGGCCCAGCCCUGGCUCUCAGCACACCCAGCUGGGCCUGAGACCCUCCAGGAACCUUCACAAGGAACACACCCACUCUGCUCUCCCUGCCAUGUGCCCCCUGUGGCUCUGCUGGGCACUCUGGGUGCUAUCCCUGGCUGGCCCCGGGGCACCCCUGACUGAGGAGCAGCUCCUGAGCAGCCUGUUGCAGCAGCUGCACCUCAGCGAGGUGCCCAGGCUGGACAAGGUGGAUGUAGGGGAGCUGGCCAUCCCUGCCCACGUGAGGGCCCAGUAUGUGGCCCUGUUGCAGCGCAGCCAUGGGGACCGCUCCCGAGGGAAGAGGUUCAGCCAGAACUUCCGAGAGGUGGCCGGCAGGCUCCUGGUGUCCGAGGCCAACACGCACCUGCUGGUGUUCAGCAUGGAGCAGCGGCUGCCACCCCACAGCGAGCUGGUGCAGGCCGUGCUGCGGCUCUUCCAAGAGCCGGUCCCCACGGCCGCACUGCACAGGCUGUCCCCGCGCAGCACCCGUGCCCGGGUCACCGUCAAGUGGCUACGCGUCCGCGACGAUGGCUCCAACCGCACCUCCCUCAUCGACUCCAGGCUGGUGUGGGUCCACGAGAGCGGCUGGAAGACCUUCGACGUGACCGAGGCCGUGAACUUCUGGCAGCAGCUGAGCCGGCCCCGGCAGCCGCUGCUGCUGCAGGUGUCGGUGCAGAGGGAGCCCCUGGGCCCGCAGGCCUCUGGCACCCACAGGCUGGUGAGCUUCGCCGGGCAGGGGGCGCUGGGCGCCGGGCACGGUGAGCCCCAGUUGGAGCUGCACACCCUGGACCUCAAGGACUACGGAGCUCAGGGGGAUUGUGACCCUGACAUGCCAGUGACCGAGAGCACACGCUGCUGCCGCCAGGAGAUGUACAUUGACCUGCAGGGGAUGAAGUGGGCUGAGCACUGGGUCCUGGAGCCCCCAGGCUUCCUGGCCUUCGAGUGUGUGGGCACCUGCCAGCAGCUCCCAGAGCCCCUGACAUCCAAGUGGCCAUUUCUGGGGCCGCGACAGUGCAUCCCCUCGGAGGUGGCCUCGCUGCCUGUGAUCGUCAGCAUCAGAGAGGGAGACAGGACCAGGCCCCAGGUGGUCAGCCUGCCCAACAUGAGGGUGCAGAAGUGCGAUUGUGCCUCGGAUGGGGCACCCGUGCCAAGGAGGCUGGAGCCAUAGGUGCCCAGUGCAGCCACUGAGGCUGCUGACUAGACAACAGGCACAGAAGUAGGUCUUAAUGUAGGUCUUACUUUGUACUUAGCAAGUGACCCCUGGCCCAACUUACUGCUCCUAUAUUACCUUUGCACCGUGUUCUUCCAUUUUCUGUCCUCAUUCAUCACCCACCCCAAGCACUUAUGUGAGUGGAUAAUGCAGCUUGGAUGCUGAGCUCCAAUAGGAAUCCUGGCCUACUUAUUACAGUGUAUAGCUGAACAAUAUGGUCUCUGCACAUUCUCCACUGAGUAUGCAACAAAGCCCUGUGAGGAGAACUGGGGAAAUAGAACUGAUUUACAUGAUGAGUUAAAACUAAACUAAAAAUUCCCUAUUUCCUCUAGAUGGAGAGGAUGUCUAAAAUGGAACUCUCAUUUCCUUGAAUACUGACCUGUUCUGAAGUUUUAGAAACAUAACCUAGGUCCCUGUUCCCCAGAGAGGGUACUAGGAGGGAGGGUGAAGGGCUUCAGACUUGGGGGAGUGGAUAGGGAAUCAGACACCUCGUAUGUGAUGGGGCCAUAAACUAGGACCUCCAACAAAUGCAAAAACCUUUGAGUCGCCAUUGCCUCUUAAAGAGGAGGAGCUGGGCUUCAGCCCUAAGAUCUCAUUACCCCAGGAAUCAGAUAGCACCUGGCCUGACUUGCUCUACUGGAGACCGAGCCUUGUUUGCAUAUAUUUACAUUAUUUCCCCCACUGUUUUAGAGAAUUUAACCCCAGAAACCUUGUGUAUUUACGUGCUUUUUUGUAAUCUAGCAAAUACAAUGCAAUGUAGAUAAUAAAAUAAAAGUGA